AAAUGAUCCUCGAUCUGGUGUCUUACCUCAGGAGCUCCGCCAAGCUGACCUAAAAAUUUCUCGAUUCUUAUAUUAAUCUAGUCCUAUUUCUUAAACUGUUUAUAGUAUUUAUAGUAGCUGAUAGUAUAUUAUAAUAUUCUCAUUCGAAACGCUUUUUAUAACACUAGUUUUAUUUUAUUUUGUUCUAGAACACCCGCUUCUAGCCGGUUAGCCCAUUAGCAUCGCUAGCCCGUUAGCACAGCUACCACAAGUUUGUUUACGCUUCUCACCGAUUAUUUCUGUUACACUACUGCUCUAAAACACCAUGUCGGUUGUGUGUCUGCCUUUGAGUGCAGGUGAGGAUACACCCGAGCUGCACUCGGUGGAUCUGGAGUUGGAGGCCGUGGAGAAACAGAUCCGCGACCUACAGGUGAAGCAGGCCCAGCUGCGACAGCGGAAAGCCGCGCUGGAAUCGUCCCGGACUGACGCUCACCUGUCCCAGGUAAAUCCGCGGCGGGAAACAAACACUCCCAAAACCUCAACUCCGCGUAUUUCUCUGUCCAGGCCUAGUGCACCAAGGUCGCGGCCCGCCCAGGUUUCGUUCACUCCGGCGCCGGGGUACCACGGAGCCUGGAUGCAGCAGCAGCGGAAGACACGAGCCAGGACCCGGGCGAGGACCUCUCCCCCUCCGCCGCCACCCGUUUUCGAGAUCUCGACCAGGAACCGCUUCGCUCCACUUCGCGAGUCGGAAAGCGACGCGGUGAUCAUCGGAGACUCCAUCGUCCGGCACGUCCGUGCUACCACGGCUAAAGGUAAGGUGCGCACUCGCUGUUUUCCUGGUGCUCGUGUUCUCGAUGUCGCUGCACAGGUACCCGCGAUACUGAAUGGGAAGAACAUCGGAGCUGUGGUCCUCCAUGCUGGCACGAACGACACCAGGCUGAGGCAGACGGAGAUCCUGAAGAAGGACUUCAGAAGCCUGAUUGAGAAGGUACGCAGCACAUCGCCCACGACGAGGAUCAUCGUGUCAGGACCGCUUCCCACGUUCCAGCGAGGAAUUGAGAGGCUCUACCACACUGACGGCCUGCACCCAAGCAGAGCUGGAGCAGCGGUCCUCUCGGACAACAUCUCUAGGACACUACGCACCAUCUGACUGGUAAGCCAUACCUUAGAUUGCAAUUAUAAUGGCCACUGUCCAACUCACCAGACUGAUACAAUUGGCUUAACCCAACCGUCUGCUAGCUGCCUAGAGUCGUCACCUAGGGUACAUAGCAUUGAGACUGUGUCUGUUCCCCGUGCUGUAUUAAAAUUAAGAAAGAAUAAAGUCUGUUUUAGCAAUUUAAUAAACAUACCUACAUUAGAUAAUAAUACUGAGAGUGCAGCCUGCACCUCUACUCUAAAGCUAGGUUUGCUAAAUAUCAGAGCUCUUGAGUCUAAAACGCUCUUAGUUAAUGAACUGAUCACGGACCAGGAGUAUGACGCGUUAUGUUUAACAGAAACGUGGAUUAGGCAGAACAAUUAUGUUGCAUUAAAUGAAGCUAGUCCGCCCGCUUAUAGCUACAUACAUCAGCCUCGUUUAACCGGUAGAGGAGGAGGCGUCGCAGUUAUUCAUAAGGAUAAUCUGACCAUCAUACAGAAACUAGGACAAAACUUUAAUUCAUUUGAAGCACUUUAUAGUAACAUAAGUGCAGUCGCUAAUGAUAAGUCAUCACAAUCCCUUCCGUUAGUUAUUAUCUACAGACCCCCAGGACCGUACUCUGAAUUUCUUAGUGAAUUUACAGAUUUCCUAUCAAACCUAGUUGUUUCUGUGGACCGAGCGAUAAUUACUGGAGACUUUAACAUUCAUUUUGAGAAUAUAGGCAACCCGCUGAAGAUAGCGUUUACAUCCAUACUUGACUCAUUGGGAGUCAAUCAGUGUGUUGUAGGAUCCACACAUAAAGCAGGUCAUACGUUAGACUUAAUAUUAUCUUUUGGAGUUAAUAUAACAGAUAUAGUGAUAAUCCCGCAGUCUGAGGCAAUAUCAGAUCACAGUCUGAUUUCGUUUUGUGUGUGUCACAGUAGCAUUGUACACACAGAACCGCGCUACCGAUUUAGCCGUACAAUAACACCUGCGACCGCGCAGAGCUUUAUUAAUCACCUACCAGAAUUAUCCGCUAAUAUAGGGUCACCUUCAGACCCUUUAGAACUCGAACAGGCGACAGAAUUUUUAGAGUCGACAUUCCGCUGUACCUUAGAUAAUGUAGCCCCACUUAGAAGAAAAACAAUUAAAGAUAAGAAACUCGCUCCGUGGUAUAGUGACCACACCCGCUCUCUAAAACAGAACGCCCGAAAGCUAGAGCGUAAAUGGCACCAGACCAAACUCCUAGCGUUUAAAAUAGCAUGGAAAGACAGUAUUUUAGCCUAUAAAAAAAGCUCUAAGGCAAGCUAGGUCCACUUACUUAUCAACGCUUAUAGAAAAUAAUAAAAGUAAUCCUAAAUUCUUAUUUAACACCAUAGCAGAAUUAACUAGGAAUAA